UUUUAACAGAUGUCUUGGUAUUUUGUUGUUUUGCCCAUAAGCUGAUAGAUUUAUAAUGUAAAAUUAUUGUGUUUAGGUUCUUCUCUAGAAGUGGGGAGGGAUUCUUGGUUUUUAAUCUACCUGCUGUGGCAGUACACAAUAUAGCCUUGUUCCCAAGUAGGUAAAUACUGUGAACUUGCCUUCUCCCAGGGACGACAUUUGAUCAGUGUUCUGUCUGUUUCUCAGGUUGCAGAAGAACGUCUUUGCAGCUCUGCGCUGUCUCCUGGGACCCAGGCACUGCUCUGGAGAAAGGCAGACUAGGUGGCCAGAGCUUGAGCAGGAGGUUGCCUGCUGCUGAAGUAGCAGGGCCUAGUCCCAGCCCUCGGUCAUGCCCCAGGCUUGUUCCAGGAAGACAUUGAUCUUUUCUGUUUGAUCCUCCACUAUUUGAGUUCAGGGGUCAGAGUACCGAGGAGUAAAAAAAAAAAAAAAAAAAACCCUUGCUAAUCUUCCCACCCUGGACUCACUCUGUUUAUUACAGGCUGGCUCUUCCUGUGUUCCCUUGUAGUUGGAUAGGUUUAUACUGAACUCCAUGUCCAGCCUGGUCCUCAAGUUAAUAAUUCUCCAGAAAGUGGCCAUGAGCACAGCUGAGAUCAAGCAAGAACGUUGGCAAAGCCCCUGCCCAGCAGAAACACAGGCAGGCAUUCAGGCAGCUGUUGGCUCCCUGCUUUCAGCCCUUUGCUGUCCCCCUUCUUCUCAACUCUGUCAGCAACUCUGCUGCGCCUGAAGUUUGGACUCUUAAAGCGGAACCAACCUAUUCCCUCCUUUCACACUUCCUUUUAAUCCUUGGAAGCACAAGUCAGCACAACAAUGACAGGAAAGAAUUAUGGCUAUCACCGGUUUGUCAUAUUCACUGCUAUGUACAUUGGGUACACCUUGUACUAUUUCAAUAGAAAAACCUUCUCCUUUGUGAUGCCUUCAAUCAUGGAAGAGAUACACUUGGACAAAGAUGACUUGGGUCUCAUCGCCAGCAGCCAGUCUGCAGCCUAUGCCAUUAGCAAAUUCGUUAGCGGAGUCCUUUCGGACCAAAUGAGUGCCCGCUGGCUCUUCUCCUCUGGCCUCCUGUUGGUGGGUGUAGUCAACGUGCUGUUUUCUUGGAGUUCUACCAUUGCCCUCUUUGCAGGACUGUGGUUCUUCAAUGGGCUGGCCCAGGGCCUGGGCUGGCCCCCCUGUGGCAAGGUGCUGCGCAAGUGGUUUGAACCUUCCCAGUUUGGGACAUGGUGGGCCGUCCUGUCCACCAGCAUGAACCUGGCCGGAGGGCUUGGGCCCAUUGUGGCAGCUCUGAUGGCGCUGAGCUAUGCCUGGCGCACCACCCUGGCCCUCUCUGGCUCUGCAUGUCUGGUGGCCUCCUUGGUGUGUCUGCUCUUGAUUAAGAAUGAGCCUUCAGAUGUGGGACUGCCCAACCUUGAGUCUGGGCCCAAGAAAGGGAAGAAAGAGGCCUCAAUGGAUGACAGCACCUUGGCUGAGCUGCUGCGUUCUCCAUACCUCUGGGUCCUUUCUUCUGGCUACCUGGUGGUGUUUGGUGUGAAGACAUGUUGCACAGACUGGGGACAGCUAUUUCUCAUUCAGGAGAGAGGACAGUCUGCCCUCGUGGGAAGUUCCUACAUGAGUGCCUUGGAAAUUGGAGGCCUGGUUGGAAGCAUUGCUGCUGGCUAUCUUUCAGACCGCGCAGUGGCCAGGGUGGGCCUCUCAAGUUACGGAAACCCUCGGCACCCCCUUCUCAUCUCCAUGAUGGCGGGCAUGGCUGCCUCACUGUUCCUCUUCCGAGUCACAGUAACCGACAGCUCUCCCAAGUUCUGGAUCCUGCUGUUAGGAGCAGUCUUUGGAUUUUGUUCUUACGGACCAAUUGCACUGUUUGGAGUAAUAGCCAAUGAGAGUGCACCAUCCAACUUGUGCGGUACUUCCCACGCCAUUGUUGCACUAAUGGCUAACGUGGGAGGCUUCCUGGCUGGUCUGCCUUUCAGCACAAUUGCCAAACACUACAGCUGGGGAACAGCCUUCUGGGUAGUGGAGCUGCUCUGCUUAGCCAGCACCGUGGCCUUUUUCUUCCUGAGAAAUAUCUGCACUAAGAUGGGUCGCAUGCCAAAGAAAGUUGACUGAAAUAAUGACUUGGCUGCAAAGGAGCCUCCCACAUCCACAGCCAAUAUUCCGAAAAGGAAAAAGGUAGAAGCUCUAAGCAGGUUGAAGUUUACUGCUGGGCUUUGUGAAGUGGUGGCAAAAUCUCACUUGGUGGUUACCACCACUUCUCAUCCUUCAAAACCUAAGGGAUGCCGUAGUAGUCAGAACUGAUGAACAAACAUUUGGCAGCCACAGCUGCUGCUGGCUUCACUGGCAGCCCAUAGCAGUGGGGACAGAGCAGCAGAACAGGAGCUUCAGUUUGUGGAAUCCCUUUACUCACUCCCCUUUUGGUAUGUGUCCUUCCCUCAUUUCCUUUGCCAUGCCAUGUUAAAUUUUCAGGCAACAUUUUCUAAGACUCCCCACAAGUUACACUGAGGUAGAACCCAAAAGUAAAUAGAAGAGGGGAGCUGUAAUCUUACGCUAUUUAGCUCCAGUGGAUCACAGGUAAGCUUAAAAGUGGAUUGAAAAACUACUUCUAGAGUUUGAGAAAGGGUAACCAUCAGGUCAAACAUGCUUGAUUACAUCACAGUAUAGGCUGAGGUGUUAGACCUCUCUUGUUUUUAAUGGAGGGAAAACGUAUUUAGCUGCAGAGGUUGGGACUUCCUAACAAUUCUGCAGCCAUGAGGCUCCCCAAGUGUAGCUAGCUGCCUUUUGGAGUAAGUCUUGCAAUGUUUACUAUCGUAGAUUUUAAGUUAUGGCUACUGUAUGGAAUGUGUGCAUCAACAAAAAUAAAGGAUUGUCCAAUAAAAGCUUA